CAUGUGUCCGAUUUUGAGGAUCCAUACAAAGGCAGCAAUACCUAUAUAUUCUAAAUUCAUUUUGUAUAACUUUCCAACUAAAAUGCCCAGCUAAAUGUUUUAUGUCACAAAGCCAUUGAAUGCCGCAAACUUCGAUGAUGAAUUCAUUUAUGCCGAUCUCGAGAGUCAGCAUUAUGGGCCCAUCAACUAUAAGGCAGCCUCCCUCUAUGCCCAGGUCAAAAAGAACAAGAAGACUGGUGCUCUGGAGGAGCAGGAGAAGCAGUAAAAAUCGUGUGCAUUUUGGUAAAUGUUUUCAACAUUUUGUUAUUUUCUGUUUUUUGAAUUACAAAACAUUUUAAAUUGAUACAGAGUUUGAGCUUCUGUCUUACAGAAAUGAAACUUACUUGUAAAAUUGUUUAAAGCAAAAAUGAAUAACGAAUUUCUUAACUUAAUACAACAAAUGAUAGUAAUUGUUAUACAAAAAAAUCUAAUUAAAAAUGCAAAAAAAACGAAUACAAACAUAAUAAACCAAAUAUGUAUAUUAUAUUAGGAGCCUCAUGGCGAAUUAAAAGCUAAACAUUUUGACAGUAAAGCGAGCAUUAAAUGGAGCAUUGACAGGUCCAUUAGGUGCGAGAUGUAAAAAAAAGUAACAUUGAACAAAAAAAAAACAAAAAAAAAGCAAUUACAUAAUUUUUAUCACUAAACACAACAAAUAUUAGCAGGCAUUGUACUUAGCAACAUCAAGCGGAUAGUUAUUAAUUAAACAAACAAAUAAGAAACCAAUUAAAAAUUGAAAACUAAUUAACACAACACAACAUAAAAUCGAACAAAAUAAAUAUGCAACUAAAUAUAGACACAUUUUUUUUAGAAAAUAAUUCAAAGCAAAAUCAUUAACAAAAUUGCAAAGUUUUUUUUCGUAUACUAUAAAAAUGAACCGCAAAGAAAAAACAAACAAAACAAAUCCCAAAGGAACACAAACUUGCAAAAAAACAGAAGAGAGGAAAUAGCUUCGGUUAGUCGAAUGCUUAAUACCCUUACAGGAAAUAGAUUUUUUGGUUCGAUAACAAAAUUAAAAUGCUCUGGUCAAGGGUGUUCAUAGUUACAUGAAAAAAAUACCCAUCAAAACAACAGACAGCAAAUUAGCAGGUUGAAAAAAGUGGAAGGGAAAUAUUAACAUUAAUAUUAAUUUACAUUGUUUUCUAUUUGUGUACAAAAAAGCAAGAAAAGAAGAGAAAAAAAAAAACAACAAAUCAACAACAACAAUAUAAUCAUAUACAAUACCAAAAUUGUUGUAUUUAACAUAAAUAAUUGAUAUUAACGAAACUAAAAGAAAGAAAGAGAAAAACAAACAUGCAAGUCGAAUCAAUUUUGUUAUGCAAUUUAUUGUAAUUAAUUAUAAAUAUAAUUUAUUAUUAAUUAUGUGAAAGAAGAUAAAAACCAACAAAUUCUAUAUAUAUAUAUACAUACAUAUAUUAUUGUAUAAUUAUACAAAUAAAUGAUAUAAAACAGCAUUUACUUGCAAAUGCCGGCAAAAACAAAAGAAAACUAAAAGUAAAAAUAAAACUAAAGGUAAAGAAAUAGGAUUGAAGAACAACCAAAAAGUGGAAUUAAAUUGAAGGUAAACAACUUAGACUCAAGUACUUAUAUAUAUAAAUCUAUAUAUAUAUAUACAUACACACAUAUGUAUAAUGAUGAUGAUUGAUGAUGCCCCGUAAAUAUACGAAAAGUAAAGUAAAUUAUGAUGAAGAAAAACUAAAUAAAUACAUUGUAAAAUUACAAAUUCAAAAA